CUUUUUUAGUGAUACUUCGUAACCUCGGCAGUCUUUUCAGGGUCUCAAGAUUCAAGCUUUGGAUAACGCAAUUUUUUUUUUCUGCCUUCUGGGGUUAAAAUGUAAAAUAAUUUGAUUAGCUUCAGAAAGUAAGCAAGCAAUGUUGACUUUACCUACAUCUUAUCUCAAUCUACAUCAAGUGUGAAAUGUCUUCGAAAACAGAAGAGCCUGGAUUUCACCAGCAUGAAUGUCCAGAGCAUCAAGAACAGCAUCAGUCAAGUGUUCAAAUCAACAGCAAGAUGGUAGAUGAGUGGAAGACCUUGACAACUCAAGUUGGUGGACAUCAGUUUGAACAGGGAGAUAAACAUGGUAUGGUUGAUAUUGGGAAUGGGUUUGUUUUGAAGUCACUACAGAAUCCACCCAGGGGUGUUAGAGAGCUCAAUUUUUACCAGAAAGUAUUUGACAAAGAAUGUGCAGACGCUGACCUCAUUGAGCUUAGAGACUUCAUGCCAACUUUUCAUGGAACUGUAGAAAAAAACGGAGGUAAAUUUUUGAAGCUGGCCAAUCUGACUUACGGUUAUAAAAAACCAUGUGUGAUUGACCUCAAAAUGGGGAAGGUGACUUACGACCAGGAAGCAACACCUGAGAAAAUUGCAGGUGAAAUAGCCAAAUACCCUCCCUUGACCAAACUUGGAUUUCAGAUCACAGGGAUGAUGAUCUAUGACCCAGUUACAGAUGAAUAUGAAAAGUUUGGUAAAAAUUUUGGUAAAUCGCUAUCAGAAGAAACAAUAAUCAGUGAAGGUCUAGACAAAUUUUUUCGUCAGGGAAAAGGGGAGCUAAGAAAAGAUGUAGUUCAACCGAUUUUGUUCAAGUUAAAGAAACUAGAAUCUUGGUUCCUGAAACAGAGGAAGUACUCUUUCAUAGCUAGCUCACUUUUCAUGGUCUACGAGGGAUCCAAAGUGGUAGACACAAUAAUUAAAUCUGCUAAGGUUAAGAAUGAUUUGAAUCAUACCAAAACAGAACUCCCCAGUGACAAUAUUGAAUCUAGAUUAGUCGAGGGACAAGAUGAUAAUAAGAACGGGCAGGAAAAAUCGGUCACAAAUCAGAAACGUCACAUUCAAGAAGAUGACGAUGCAGUGGCAACUAAAAAGUUGAAACUUAAUGAUUCUUUAUCGAAGCCAUCUGAACAGAAACAUGAUCUUCCAGAGCUUCAGAAGUCAGAAGACACAGCUCAAGUCCAUUUAAUAGACUUUGCUCACGCAUUUCCAGCGACAGAUAUAGAUUCUAAUUUUUUGUUUGGGCUUCAGAAAUUGAUAAACAUUAUGAAGACUCUAGUAAAGUAAAUUGUUUAUCUUAUAUUCACUUAUAAUAAACACAUUAGUUGUUUUGAAAUAAUUUCUCUCUUACAUAGAUUAGGAAAGUAAACUGCAUGUGAAAAAUGCACAUUAAUACUAGACAGAUCAAACCUUUAGUGUUUUUCAGUAAAAUAUAUGAUAUUAGAAGAUCAUUGGCUGCAAUAUCUGCAGUAACAGGGUCUUCUCCUGAGUCCAAUUGUACACAACAGCUUGACAUUGAACUAGGCAGUUGUUUUGUUAAAAAAAAAAUUAAAAAAUAUGGAUACAAGUAUUUAAUGUUGUUGACUAUACGCUCUUCAAUCCUCAUCUGUCUCUUGACUUUUGUCUUAGUGGUGCUGCGACAGUUUGUGCAACAGAUUCCCCUGUCUUUUUCCAGUCAGCAAUUGUUCUUAGCAGAUUAUCAAGAGAGAGGCUGGUCCACUAUAGUGGGUCUAAACUGUAUGCAAUGCACUUUGUUGUUGAUGAUCAUGUUGUCAGUGGAACUGUUUUUAAAAGUCUAUAUAGUACCUCAUGUUUCCUCAGUAUUGUUUAGCCUUUAUUUUUUUUACUUGCUUAUUUCUGAUGGAUUUGUUUGCAUCAGAUGUGGCAAAAUAAGCAGUUCACAAUUGGGUUUGCAUGAUCAUGUGAUAUACUGUACUCAUAACUUAAUCUUCAGGAUGCUUUUAUAAGUGAAUCUUUGAGAAAUAUAUUAACCUUACAUGAUCCAUAAUUUCUAAAUAUGCAAAUUUGUAAUUAUAUUAAAAUGUUCAGAGCAGAACAUUUUCUGAAGUACUACAAAACUUGGACUUCAAUCCUGCAGCUCUCUCCACAGAAAUGGUUCACUAUGGACAUCUCCUGAAGGUGAUAUUUAUUUUAAAAAUCUUACUUUUUCAAUUUCAUGUGACCAUUUCAAGUUUUAAUUUUUAUCUUUAUAAAAUCUGAAAGCAAUUUGAAUAUCGUUAUUUGCUUGUAAUAAUUUAUAUCAUUAAGGAUUGAUUAGAUGUUUCUUGUACGUUAUUUGAUGGGCUGUUCUUGAAUGAAUGUUGUGCUAUCUCUUCCAAUGAACUGCUGAGCAUUAAUUGAAAGGGCCAGACAAGGUUUUCUAGGUAAUCAAAUUAAAAUGUUAUUGUGAAACCAGGUUCUGUUUAUGUAAAUACUAUUAGAGCCAAAAAAAAAGAAUUAUUCUUUUAUUUUGUUUUGCAUUUCUCCUAGCGACUGCACAUUGUCUAAUGCAAUCAGCGGUAAUAGUUUCAAAUGAAUGAUUGGCCUGUUGCCAUACCAUAUUCACUGGCUGAUUCUUUUAUUGGAUCUCAAAUGUCUGGCAAUAUUUUUUUGUUGAAUUUUUUAAUAUUUUAAAAGCUUUUAACAAAUGUAACUUCUUUUUAAAAUACUGUUUUAACUUGCACCUAAUCACAGAACCAGGUGUCUGUAUUCUUAAUUGUUGCUUAUACAAUAGUCCUAUUGAUAUAAUCAAAUAUGUUGUUGUGUUGACUUUCUAGUUUUUUGUUAUAUCUGUUAUAUCACUUUCAGAAUUUUGCUGUUUAAUAUAUCUGCUCCCUUUACACCAAUUCUUUGUAUUUUUAAAUGCUUAAUAUCAGAAUUAAAUGACUUGUAAAAAUGUGUUUUUAAUUAAUGUUUAAUUAUUUUUUGGUAACAUUUAUUUAAAAUUGUAAUGCAGUUCUAAAAAUAUACUGAUAAUGUGACAGCUGAUCUUUUAUUUCAAAAACAAAAAGGGAGGGAGAGUGUUGUGGGUUGUGAAAAUAGUUUUAUAUAGAAAAUCCUCAUUUAUGAGGAAAAAAAACAUUUCCUGUGUAUUUGAUGUCAUUGAUAUUAGUAUUAAUCUUGGAUAAUCAUGAUAAUAUUGUGGAAUUUCACCUUUACCAAUCCCUUAGUCUGUUGGACCAUUAGGGUACCACAUAUGAUCUGUUGACAGUCUUUCUCCUUUUCUCUCUGUCUUUGCCUUGACUAGAGUCUCUUUCAAUGACAGUCUUAUCACUUUCUCUAUUUCUUUUUCCUGGUUGCCUGGUAUGAGGUAUACACUCUACUUUUGUUCUGUGGCCUCAAAGGCCCGAAGCUGAAAUCCUGCCAGCUGCCAUCCAGCUAGGAUGUAAUUAUUAUCAGAAUCUGGAGGAACAUGGAAAACAAAUAGUUGUUCCCUUUGGAAAGGUCAUUGCAAGUCCUGAAGAGCUCGUGACAUAGCAAGACAUUAUUGUUUCAAAUUAAAAGUGACUGAAUUGAGUUUUGAAAAACAAUUCUUUGAUUGUCAAUGAAAUGAAGUCUUUUUCUAAAAGAUCAAGAAAUGUUCUCAGUUUCAGCUGGUACUUAGUGGCGCGUAGAAACAAAUGUGUUUCAAUAAAUGUCGAGGUUUUUGUUACAUUUAUGUUUUCAUUCAAUAGUUGGUGUACUUUCUAAUUUUUACUCAGCAAUUAUUAAGAAAUGUUACAUUUCUAUUUUCUGGUGCAUUUACCUUCCUUGUUCCAUAUGCUAGGACAUACAAAUGCUCCUUCUUCCCUAGUGAUAUUAGAGCAUGGAAUGGGUUGCGUGAGCCACCCAGGAAAACCAGUGACUUAGCAGAAUUUAAGUUAUUGAUUAACAUGCAUGACUAGAUUGACCUAGGACAUGCGGAGAAUGUAAUUAUCUUCUUUUUUGAAGUAACCUCUGUAUUUUAGAAGGUAAGAUUGGGAGGAAAUUUUGUUCUCUUGGCAAUUUUCCUGUCCAAUCCUUGAUACAAAUCCACGAUCACGGGAUGCUGCAGCAUUUUUAGCCUUCGUCGUACAAUUUAUAUAUAUUUUUUUGUUUUAAGCCUGACAAGGAAUUGAAGGCGCGGUGGCUGAGCGGUAAAGCGCUUGGCUUCCGAACCAGGGACCGGGGUUCGAAUCCUGGUGAAGUUAGGGAAAAGUAAAGGCGGUUGGUCGUUGUGCUGGCCACAUGACACCCUUGUUAACCGUAGGCCACAGAAACAGAUGACCUUUACAUUAUCUGCCCUAUAGACCACAAGGUCUGAAAGGGGAACUUUACUUUACUGACAAGGAAUUAUUAAAUAUUUAUUAAUAUUUUAAAAUGUAUUUUUGGGUUUGGAAUUAUAUUUAUUCAUCUUAUUGCUAGCACUGCCUUUGACUACAAAAUAUUUAUUAGAAGAAUAAAGAAGUAUUUUGUUAAAUAUUUCAUCACUUUCACUUGGCAGAUUUUAUAUUUGAUUUAGAUGUUAAACUAUUCUCAUGUUAUUAUUAUUACAAAUAAUAUAUUGAUAUCUUUCAUAUUUAUAUAGAUACUUAUAUUUAUAAUUGUUAAAUAUAAAUAUAUUACAUUAUUAUGCUAUUUUUUUUUUACUAAUAAGUGAAUCAUCAAAAAUUGUUUGUUGCAAGUAUUAAUAGUCUGUAGUAUUGCAUACAUAGUAUUGGGGUCUAUGUUUAUAUAAGAAGUCUUCUAAAGCAGAUCACUUGUGUUGAUGUGAUCAUGAGCUGGAUUGAUAACAUCUUAAAGAAAAUAGCUUGAUUUCUGUCUAAGAAACAUUUUAACUUGAAUUUGUAUCUACUUUGGAAACAUUGAUGUAUCUGUGUAUCUAAAUAAUAUUGUUUUAGAGUGGCAUUAUGACAAACACCUUUUUUAAGUUAGCAACCAGGAUUUUUUCAUAAUAAACAAAAGAACUGGGUUUAAAAAAACAACUUUCUAGUUUGAAUGUCUGCAAUUAAUAUGAACAUAUUUGAGUGAAUCUUUAGCAAUAAUACCUAUUUGCACAUUUUAAUUAUUCUGUUAGCUAUCAAUAAAAUGUAUAUCCCGAUCAUAGUAGUAAAAGAAAUUGUACAACCUUGCA